GAGCAUUAGACACCGGAGGGGGCACCUGGGACCAACUUCUCAAAGCGGGGAGCCCGGCCGGGGGGGAGGGGGGUCCGGGGGGAGCCAGAGACCCGCGGCCUCAGCCCCCUCCAGAGAACCCGGGAGAUGACGGGGAAAGCGGGGGAAGCGCUGAGCAAGCCCAAAUCCGAGACCAAGAGUACCUCGGGGGGCGCCCCGGCCAGGUGCACGGGCUUCGGCAUCCAGGAGAUCCUCGGCCUGAACAAGGAGCCCCCCAGCUCCCACCCGCGGGCCGCCCUCGACGGCCUGGCCCCCGGGCAUCUGCUGGCCGCGCGUUCGGUGCUCAGCCCGGCAGGGGUGGGCGGCAUGGGGCUGCUGGGGCCCGGGGGGCUCCCCGGCUUCUACGCGCAGCCCGCCUUCCUGGAGGUGCUGUCCGAGCCGCCGGGCGUCCACCUGCAGCCGCUGGGCAGAGCGUCGGGGCCGCUGGACACCAGCCAGACGGCCAGCUCGGACUCCGAGGAUGUCUCCUCCAGCGACCGGAAGAUGUCCAAAUCGGCUUUAAACCAGACCAAGAAACGCAAGAAGCGGAGGCACAGGACAAUCUUUACUUCCUAUCAGCUAGAGGAGCUGGAGAAGGCAUUCAAUGAAGCCCACUACCCAGAUGUCUAUGCCCGGGAGAUGCUGGCCAUGAAAACGGAGCUGCCAGAAGACAGAAUACAGGUGUGGUUCCAGAACCGAAGAGCCAAAUGGAGGAAGAGAGAGAAAUGCUGGGGCCGCAGCAGUGUCAUGGCUGAGUAUGGGCUCUAUGGGGCCAUGGUUCGGCAUUCCAUCCCCCUGCCGGAGUCCAUCCUCAAGUCUGCCAAGGAUGGCAUCAUGGAUUCCUGUGCCCCAUGGCUACUGGUUCAAGAUGGCUUUCCCAGGCGCUUUUCUAAACCCGAAUACCAACAAUUCUUUUUAGGGAUGCACAAAAAAUCGUUGGAGGCAGCAGCUGAGUCGGGAAGGAAGCCAGAGAUGGAGCGCCAGGCCCUGCCCAAGCUCGACAAGAUGGAGCAGGAGGAACGGGCCCCAGAUGCUCAGGCAGCCAUCUCCCAGGAGGAACUAAGGGAGAACAGCAUUGCGGCCCUCCGAGCCAAAGCUCAGGAGCAUAGCACCAAGGUUCUGGGGACUGUAUCAGGGCCUGACAGCCUGGCCAGGAAUGCUGAGAAGCUAGAAGAGGAGGAAGCCAUGGAUGAAGACAGGCCAGCAGAGAAGCUCAGCCCCCCGCAGCUGGAGGACAUGGCUUAGGUCAAGGGCUGCUGGCCCUGGGACCCCAAGACUCUGCUCCUCUCAGGGCCUGUGGUGCAGGGAAUACUCUCUGAGGCAAGGUCAGGCCUGGCUUCUGCCAUUCUUCCCUAUACCCAAGGCCCUCAAUUACCCUGUCAACUCUAGACAUAGGCCUGUUCCGGCCAUAGCUUUGGACCAUGCUGAGACAUCCUGGACCUGUUCCUGACUCUAGCGUCCUCCUCCUCAUCCCAACUUCCCUGCCUCUGAAGCCUUCUUGCUACCCCAACAUCGAGGUCUUGCUACUCCAUCCCUGGGUGACUCUUGGCCGUCCAAGCUUACCCCUUAUUCUCUGCUCUCCAGAGCCUUCCUUUCCAGCGUGUCCCCCCGUGUGGACUCCAGCAGCCCGUUGCCGCAAGCCCACAGCCUGACACAGCUGUGACUCGGAUUGAGGAACCGCACAAUUGGCUCUGGUGUCCUGAGCACCCCAGUACUCAGCCCUUCAGUACCCAGUACUCAGUACCUCCCUCCCCACUCUCUGCUUCUUGCAAACCUGGACCUUGGGUCCUGCUGUGUGGACGUAUUGCUCGGCAUUCUCUGCCCCGCCCACUGAUGGCCAGAUUCAAGGCUCCACAGGGCAAGUCUCAGUCUGAGUCGUUCCCCAACCCUGUCUCCUGCCAUGCUCUGUAGGUCAUCCUCAGGCCUUUUCCAUACCCCAUUUGCCCUAUAGGUUCCUCCUUGGCAACGCCACAUGGAUCGGCUCCGUACCCCGAGGGAGGGGCCCCUUCUCACCAAUGCUGUGGCUCACUGUAUGAAUGGGGAACCCAAACCCUUUCCCAGAGCUCUUGCAACCCAGGGCCUGAGCUCCUGAAGCAUUUGGACUCUUCUGCCUCUGACUUCGGCUUGCUGUUUAAUGCCUACUGCCCCUAGAGCUCCUUGUAGCCCAGCAGUUCUCAACCUUCCUAGUGCUGUGACCCUCUAAUAUGGUUCCUCAUGCUGUGCUGACCACCAACCAUAAAAUUACUACAUCGCUACUUCAUAACCGUGACUUUGCUGCUGUUACGAGCUGUCAUGUAAAUAUCGGAUACGCAGGAUGUCUGCUAUGCGCCCUCCCAAAGGGGGUGGUGACCCACAGCUUGAGAACUGCUAUCAUAGCCCACGGGUUCACACGUGCCUGCUUUGGAGAAACCUGCUGCAGCAGCUUGGAAGCCACAGGCAUGGCCUCACCUUGACCUCGGCAUUCCUGAAAGGCCAAACCUAAAGCAGAUGUGUGACAAGGAAGGUACAGGGGAAAGCUCAAAGGAAAACAGGGCAGGGGUCAGUGGGAAACUUGCGCUAAGCCACAGCCACUCAUGGCUCUGUGACGGCUGCAUGCCCACACGCAUGUCCGUAGACAAGGGACGCUGUUGGACUGAGGGACGUCUCCCUAUAGAGGGCGGAGCUGUCCAUACCGAUAGCCUCUUUGCAGAUGUCUGCCCACCUGUCUUUACCUGAUGACGUGGGUACCUGGCCUUCAGGAGUCCUCUGCUCCUGGAUUCCCAGGCCAACCACAAGACCCCCUUCAUCCUGUGAGGUACCUACCCCACUCACCUCUGCAGGGACCGUUUCACAAGAAAGGCCUGAGGUAGCGAGUUGUGAUUUUAGAGCUGUUUCGACAGUUGGUUUCCUCUUCAUUCUGUUCCUAGAACCCUCCUGCUUCCAAGUUCUUGUCUUCUUCCGGCUUGAGAUGUUCAGACUCUAGCUCUGGUGUGUAAAUAAUGUACAAAGCUUGAGAAGGAAGAAACUGGAUAUUGAGGUGUUUGAAACACUGAACUGUCAUAACUUUUAGGUAUUCAAGGCAUAAUUUCUGUGCUGUUUUCUGUAAAGACACAAGCAAGAAUAAAAUUCAUGCAAAGACUGCUGGAAAUGGGCCCGGGAGCCUUUUCUAGGUGGGGUCAGUUGCUUGCAUGUGGGUGGGUAGGUGGCCUAAAAAGUAAAUCCACAAAGAUUUUUAGGUUCAAACUAGGUUCCCUCUUCCGAAAUUACCCCAGACUUUGGCCAGGCAUCAUGACAUUCAGCUUUAAUUCCAGCACUUGGGAGACAGAGGCAGGAGGCUCUCUACUGGCUUGCCUCUCAACGCUGAGCUCAUACCACAUUUGGGUGACAUUUGCCAGUGUGUUGUGGGACCAUUCUCUAUUGCAAGCCCAAUUUCUAUCUCCUGGGUUAUCACCUACACGCCCCUGCUAGGCCCCAUACAGAAAUAAGACCUUACCUCCUCCCUCUGGUACUUCUUCCUAAUGGAGCCUAUUUCUCUGAAGAUACCCACAGGCCACAGCCUCGCUUUGUUCAGCACACCCCUGUGUACUUGUACAUGUCACCUUCAGCCUAAACAGCGGCAGAUAGAAAAGCUAACUGUGUCAGAUGAUGCUAAGUCUCUCCCAAGAGGAAGGGGGACCAAACAUGACUCAGCCAUUGAAAGUGCUUGCCAC